AUGCCUUAUGGGGCUCAAAAGUCUGCAAUUGUACAGGCAAGGUUAAGUCAAUUUCAAGAGAACGAGACGAAUGUUGUGCACUUUCGCGAAAUACCCUCUCAUGUCCUGCAAAAGGUGUGCAGUUACUUCGCCUACAAAGUGCGCUACAGCAAUUCCUCCUCGGAGAUACCCGAGUUUCCCAUUGCCCCGGAGAUCAGUCUUGAGCUUCUAAUGGCUGCCAACUUUCUCGACUGUUAG